CGUUUAUGCGUGAACUCCAAAAUUCUCGGGGGGGCCGGGGCCUCCCCGAUGACUAAGCUAGCUCCACCCCUGUUAAUCACUUUCUUACAUGCUCCCUGUUAUGGGCGUGAAGUUUGCGUGUGUCCGUCAUACCAUGUGAUGAUUUAAGACGAAAGGUUAAUAAUAGCUAAGGGAUAUCGUGAGGACUUAAACACGUAACCUCAAAGUACAAGCCAUGCCUGAUAUCAUGUCACAAACCAACUGGUUCCAAUAACUCAAAUUGUUGGAAGGGAUAUACAUUUAUUGAUUUUAACCACUUUCUUACAAAGUCACACAGGUCCACUCUCUCUAACUAUGUAUGAACAGCGCCCAGAAUCACAAAUUGGCACACGUCAUUUAUUGAAGGCAAUGCAACGCGCUAAAAGAAGGGGGUCAUUUUAUGAUGAAGCAAUUUGGCCAAAUUGUCUCGUAAUGAAGCAAUUAGGUCAAAUAGACUCGGUUUCACAACACAAAAAUGGAGAUGCAACAGUUAGAACGAGGCAUUUCAAAAUGCCUCAUUUUGCAUCAUUUUUGUGAGGCAAUUAUGAGUUCGAAAUGAUAUUAUGGGGUCGGUUGGAUGAGUUGUUGUGUAACGAGUUAAUAUAAAAGUGGAAUUCCUCACAAAAUGAGAAUGUGGUAUUCGUGAGUUAUUUGCACAAUAAGUACCACCCCUACGAGGUAUUGACAAUAACUCAUUAAUGAGUUAUUUCAAAUCAACUCAAGUACAAAUAACUCAUCACCAACUUUUGUAGACAAAACUAGUUAUUGCACCCCAAAUAACUCAUUUUUUUUUGCAGCAGGGGAGGCACAAGGCCGAAGAAAAGAAGGGGUUACAAGGGGGGAGGGGGAGUGCCUAGAUUACAACAAGGUAUGGGUCUCUGGAGUUUCCAACACCACAUUCCUAGGGAAAGAUUGCCCUCUCAUAUCAUCUCCAAUAAUGGCCUGAAGAGCUUCCGGGGGUGUGUCUAAUUCAUACUUCCCAUAGGGAUAGACGAGACUGUGCUUCGAGAGCCAGUCCGCGACUCUAUUCCCCUCCCGGUAAGUAUGGCAAAGACGCACCACCCAGUCUUGGGCUAGUCUUCGUCUACCCCAAAUAACUCAUACGAAUAACUCAUCCAAACGACAAUUGGAUCAAUUUACUCAAUUCGGAAAUCCAUGGAAUAAAAUUUUAUUCCUUUUAAACCGUCAUUCUCGUGAAAGGCCAAAAUCUAAUAAUAUUAUUAUAUCCUCCUUUCGGUUUUGGGUGCGGGGGUACGAAAGAAUAAAAACCGUAACAGUAGUGACCAUAAUCGACGCCGCGCGCUCAUGUACGUACGUACGUACUCAUCUCCAUUCCAUCUCAACCAGCUAUAAAUACAACCUUCCAUCUGAUCUGGGUAAUUCAAUUCUCAAAGCAAGCAACACACAACCUUAAUUUCCAAAGUCGAUCGAGCCCGACAAAAACAAAACAGCAAUGGAGGUGAUAACGAGGUUGGUCGGGGACAAGGCGGCGGUGAUAUUCAGCCGGAGCACGUGCGACAUGUGCCACUCCAUCAAGGCCCUGAUCAGCGGGUACGGGGCGAACCCGACCGUCUACGAGCUAGACGAGAUGGGACCCGAAGGCGAGGCCGUGGAGCGGGCGCUGGUGGAGCAGCUGGGCUGCCGGCCGACCGUGCCGGCGGUGUUCAUCGGGCAGCGGUUCGUCGGCGGGGAGAAGCAGGUCAUGAGCCUGCAGAUCAAGAACCGCCUCGCUCCCAUGCUCAUGUCCGCCGGCGCCAUUUGGCUCUGGAACGGCCACUGAUAAUUAUGAUAACAACAACAACAAUAAUAAUUCUAAUAAGAAUAAUGAGAAUAAUUAUUAUUAUGAACACUUCUACUAUUAUUAUAUGUAUGAAGGCUAAGAAGAAAUUAGGUGGCGUAGGCAUUUUGGGUAGAGGCCUGGGCUCGAUCCUUGUAGAUGCACAACAGUACCACAAUUAUAUAACCAAGGCUACAAUUGUACGUAGCAGCUGGUUUAUGUAUUAUUAUAUUAAGAAGAGUUAAUCGCACAAACAACCUAUCACUGUAGCCCCAGACUCAGCUUACUGUUCACCUAGGCACAUUCUACUAUUCAUUCAACGCUGAUUGGCUGCGCUGGCAGGAUGGGUCCGGGAGUGCUUCAGCUCGCUGCGUGGGCCCCUUGUGCCGUCGUUUCCUUUCUGUUCUGCCCACUCCGUUUUUCUCUCUACUGCUCGGCCUGCAUUCUUUGGGAGAUCGCGCCGGCCUCAAGUGUCUGACAAAUUUUGCUCCUCUCUCCCUGAUUGUUCCCUUCACCGCUCUCUCUUGAUUGCUCUGCACCCUCGCCCCGGCUCUGUUCCUUUCCUCUCUAUCUCUGCUCUUUUCCUGUUGGUUGCUCUUGAAGGUGGGAAGUGAUUUGAUGUCACCCUGAAGUGCAAACGCAGAGAGCUAGAAUGCAGGUCUCGAGCUGAAAAAAGAUGACUGAUGUGUGCUUCUCUCUCCCUGCUCUCGCUCUGCCAGGCUGCCCAUUACGUUGCUCUACCCUCCACCACACGUUCCACCAAACUCCAUUCCACUUCCCUGCCACACUUCUCCUCCCUUAUUUUCCUUUUACCUUUUUCCAUUCUCUUUCUAUCUUACUUUGUGAACUCUUUCUCCCUCAUGGAAGGCUCUCAAGCAGCUCCCAUUCUCCCUCUCCUCGGAAUCUCGACGCCGAUCAAUUCCUCACUAAAGUUUUGCCGACUAAAUCUUUGUAUCACACUCAGAUCUCAUUUUCCCUAUUAUCUCGAGAUGGGCACCGAACCGAUUUUUAUGGCGAGUUUUCUUGUGCUGGUUUGUUUGCUCUCUGUGAGUCGCUUAUUUUGUUUUGGUAUAAACGUAAAGUAAAUGGGUAUGUCUUUCUCUUUUCUCCGCCUUUCGCUGGUAGGUAUUAAACACUGGGUUCCGAUUUUCCUCGAGCUGUGGGUUUCGGAAGUUUGGUGAGCCUUCGGAGAAGAGUCACAUUAACGAGAUAUGCUGCAAUCAAUGGACAAAACUGAGAGGUCUGGUGUUUGCUUUCCUCUUUUUGCAGUUUCUCUAUGUCACUCUCUAAUAGUCUCAUUAUCUCUCUUCGAUGGGUUUGCUAUGAGGGGAUUCAUCUCUUAUUUCCAGCGACUCAUUAUCUUUUCCCCUCUCUUUCUCUCUAACUUAUUUUGUGUAUGUGUUGGCUUUUCGCAUAUCAGUUUGGGAGAUCUAUCUCGAAUCGAUUAGGUGUAGGAUACGAGGGUCCCGGAGAAGAAUGCACUGAAUGCAUAGAGAGAGCACAAAGAUUGGGCUCGCUGCAAAGAGAAAUCGACGGCGUCAGUACCCUGCAUCUGCUUUUGUGUCUACAUGCAAAAUCCUUUAGUAAGUCGUUCUCAAUCGCUUUGCCAUUUCGCUUGGACAGAUUCCUCCCAGCUCACUUCUGUAUGUCUUUUUAUUCAGCUUACACCGAUAGAGAGAAUCAGUGAGCAACUGUUGGCUGAGGUCGAUGAAGUAAUGGGAUCAACCGGUGAGCUUUCCAUCUCCAAAAUUAUUUUUCUAUUUCUCUUUUCCUUUUUUUAUUGACUUGGGUGGCCCCAAUCGUUAUGCUCACUGCUCUUUGUAGUGUUAUGGAUUUGUCGACCCAAAGCCUUUUUAAAUUGAUGCUUUAAGAGAAUCGCGAUGGUAGAUCAAUGGAUCUGUUGUUGUCGCAGACAUUGUGGUUGGAGCCGGGAAUGAUCAGUAGAAUAAUAGAUUCGAUUCCUUAGAAGUCGGCAAGGAUCGGUAGGCUUUUGGCGUGUCAGCCACAACUGCACCGGGAUUGAUUGCUUAGUGGUUUCUUAUGAUGUUUCACCAGAAUUAAAGGAAUCCUCGAGUUUCUGUGGUGGGUUAGGAAACAUGGAACAUUGUUGUUUUGGGUUUAUUAGCUUGCAGAUGGGGGUUUUAGAUCGCUAGAAAAGGUGGUGGUUGGUUGCAUUUCAAACCAGUAGAACCAGCGAGCGAGAUUGAUAGAAUGGGAGCCCAAGAACUGAUAGUCAUACUUCUUUGUGGUGCUGCGUGGGUAAUUUCUGGGGUGUUUCCUUUAUUUUGCUUUGUGUUUUGUUCUUUAUCGCUCAUAUCUAUCUUUUAAAUGAUAUUUUGUUCUCUCUUUAUCAGUUACAAAUGUUCGAGGGAGGAUCUGAAAUGUACGACAAAUCUUUCUUUGAUGUCAUCUCCUGCAGUAUGAGGGGAAAAAAUGGUGGAGGGGUUUGAAGUGAUCUUUCAGAUCUAAUAGACUUCAGCAGUAGUCAUCAUUUGCCUCUCCUCAGAGGUAACCAGGGAUUGAUGAAAUGGGAAAUUGUCUAUUUGCUUGAAUUAUUCUCAACGACUAGGAAUCUGGCUUGAUAUUAUGGAUCCAUGAGUUCCCUGAACAUUUCCUUACAUGUAGUAUCCUUUUUAUGACUUUCUCUCAUUGAGUUUUUUUCUCUAUUCUAUGGCUGGGUAUGCUAAUGCUCUCUAUCUUACUACUAUUGAACUAUUAAAGUCUUUCAGCUGUUUAUUUGUAAGCUCUUUUCGUUGCCAUCAUAUAUAAUGGUUGCAAGUUCAUCUUGGCUGAACAUGGGUAAGAAAAGAUAAUCUUGAUAUUUAUUUACUGUUUCAUUGCGCCCAAGUGACUGCUCUGAUCAUAUCCUUUUUCUUCAUCCUUAUUUCAAUUCCAAAUAUGUUGCAAUGGGGAUUAUGUUGUUUAGAAAGACAUGAAAUGACUUUGUUCUUCAUCUAUACUAUUAUGUUUUAUGUCUCUGACUUCGUUUCCUUUUGUUGCCUUAAGUGCAGCAGAAGUUUGCAUAUGUGUACUGAUCUCCUCGACAAAGUUUGUGCAUAGAAUUAUACAUUCAAGUUGUAUUUGGAUAGGCUAUUAUGGCUUUCACGAUUGUUACUCCUUUUGUGAUGUGUCACGAUGGUUAAAGCUAAUUUGUAUGAAAUGUCAAUGGGAGGAAUGGACAGUAGGUGUAUAAUAAUUUGUAUGGAAACCAGCAUACCGUGUCAAAAUAUUGCAGGAGGUUCAAAAUGUAACCUCUCUUUGACUGAUUUAUGUUCUAAUUUCGGUACUGAUAACUUUUCGCACACAGUUAAUUUGUUUAUUGCCCGAUAACUAAGUUCAUAGUUUGCAACUCCCGACGCAGAGCGCGGGUGAAAUAUCUAGUAAGCAUUAGUUUGUAUUCAGCUUCUUGGUGGUCGCAAGAGAUGGAAAGUUACUCAUGAUAAAGCUUAGCUAUUUCAACCGCUAUAUAGCCUUGUUUUUUCGCGAGAAAACUUCUUGCGUUGAAUUGAGAUUGAUUGCACAUUUGACUUCUUUGGACAACGACUACUAAGACACGGCUCACACCUCUUCAAACAAAGUUCGAACGAGAAUGUUUGAUUGAUGGUGUUUAGGAACAAAUCUAAAUUAAAUUAAUCAUACUCCUAUGGAGGUUCAACGAGAGCUCCAAACUACGACUAUGGCUAUAUUUGCAGAGAAAGGAUAAAAACUUGACGUAUGCGUCAGUUGUUUGGUUGUGGAACCCUUUGUCUCUGUCUACCCCUCCUCUUAUUUAUAGCCACGAGGAGAUAACCGCCAUAGAAAACCGGUUGUUGGAUAACUGCUACAAAGAACCGCUCCCCCUUCUUCGGUAGAAAACCGCCUCUUGGAUAACUCCCAAAAAGAACCGCUCCCUGCUUCUUCGGAGUGGUGGUUACUCUUCAACCGCCUAGGGGCCUCUUUUGUAACCGUCGUGGGUCUUGGCGUGUAGCUUGCCUCGCCUGGUCUUGUUCUGAAUCUCGUGUCAUGCUAAUCUUUUGAUAAGCAUGUGGUGUCUCACAAAGGGGGUCGUGGUCUUCUUGCCUCGCGGCCAUGGACUUCUUACUCAUAUCCAGGCCGUAAGAACAUGUCCAUGGCCUUCUUGUCUUACGGCCAUGAACUUCUUACUCAUGUCCAUGGCCUUCUUGUAUAACGGUCAUGGACCUCUUGAGACAGAUUCACUAGUGAUAUAAUGUUCCAUCACCACACCCUUUUUAUUUGUGUCCAUGGUCCCUCUCAUGAGGCAACAUGGACCUCUCAAUCGUGCACAUGACCCUCCUCGUUGAAGCGACAAGUCCUUCUCCACACUUCAAAUAUCUUUGUCUUCUUUGAAGUGUGAUUCGCGGCCUUGCGUCCAUGGUCCCUCUCGUGACAUGGCCAUGGAUCUCCCAAUCAUGCACAUGGCUCUUCUCUUGAGAUGGCAUGACUUUCUCAUACUUAGUUUUUCAAUCAUGCCUAAGCCUCUUCUCGUGAAGCGAGAUGACACGUGCUUCUCCUUAAAGCGGCAUGUACCUCUUCCAGACUUAGUUUAUUUUUCAGUCAUUCAGUCUUGAUCUUGGGCGGCAUGUGCUCCUCGAUUUCUAGAUGGACAUGGCCCUCUUCAUGAGGCGACACAUGCUUCUAGAUUUUAGAUGGACAUGGCCCUCUUCGCUGAGGCGACAUAUCACUCUCCAGAGUUAGCGUCUUGGGAUUAAAAUCAAUAUCCAUAA